AUGCGGCGGCUUUCAAAGGAUGUGUUUGAUGAAUUGGUGAGGUCUCUUGAAGCAACUGCUGAGCAGAACUCAUUUGUUUUACCCUUCCAAGAUCAGGUGCUGCUGACACUUAUGAGGCUGCGCUUAGGGCUGCUACUUAAUGACCUCAGUUUCCGCUUCGGUAUUUCCACAGCUCUAGUGAGCAGGAUUUUCUGCACUAUAGUGUCAGCUCUUGCUCACUUUUCUAGAAAAUAUCUGGUGUUCUGGCUGGCAAGAGAAACAAUUAGAAGAACAAUGCCUAGCAUUUUUGAGGACUAUCCGCUAGCAACAUGCAUCAUCGAUUGCUUUGAGAUUUUUGCUGAGAAACCGGGCAACUUGCUACGGAGAAAUCAGACCUACAGUCAUUAUAAAUCCCACAACACUGCCAAAGUACUGCACGUCAUUGCACCCAAUGGGUUUGUGAUGUUCAUUUCCAAGCCAUAUGGUGGACGUGCAAGCGAUCGGUUCAUCACAUUGGACAGUGGCUUUACAAGGUUUCUGACACCAGGUGAUGAGAUCCUGGCUGACAGGGGUUUCACAAUAGGCGACUGUUUACCAAUGGGAGUAAAUCUAAGGUUACCAAGCUUUUCAAAAGGCAGACAACAAAUAAGUGGCCCUGAGCUAGUAAAGUCAAGGUGCCUAGCAAGGCUCCGCAUCCAUGUUGAGCGGUCUAUAAGACGACUUAAAUGCUUCAGGAUACUGAAGUAUUUUCCCGCAAGCAUCUUUGCAAAAAAACCACUUGCUAAUGAUGUUCUGACUGCUGUAGCCGGGCUGUGCAAUCUUCAGCCACCUUUAAUUAAGGACAGAGUGAUUUCUGCGCCUUCAAACUAAAUAAAAUAAAUCCUCAUUUUCAGACAGGACAUCAAAGAAUAAUAAGCAGGCAGGCCCUGCCAUCAUAAAAAUGAGUAGAACAGCACAAGUCACAGGCAUGUUGGAAAACAAUUACUGCUAAGUCCUGAAACACCUUUCUCAGUUCGUGCACAAUAGUUCUUUUACGACAAAACUCUGUUAACACUUUCAGAUGCAAUGUACGCAAAGAUAGUGCAUCAACAGCGAAAGCACUGACGAAAGUAAUAUUUAAAAUGGGUUGCAUAUAUCUCGAGACACUUGCGAUUGGAAUUGUGCUGCAAUUUAACAUGUGCAAAAUGUUUUAGUAAAAUGAGUGGGAAGGUAGAUGGUUAGGUGUUUUUGCUUGGUGUCAGUAUGUAGUUGUAUGUAGUGGGUUGACUUCUUUCAAUGUGUUUCACAAUGUCAUGCGCCAGGCAUAAUUUUCAAGCGGCUGAACGAGUGCUUUUCAAUACACGAAAUAGUUGAUGUACGCACAUAUGGUGUUCCUGUAGCGACUUUUCGCGUGGAGUCCACAUUCUGUAAUCUUGACAAAACUCACUACACAACUGAAAAUUCUUAAUCUUUUCUGCAGCUGUACACUUUCUAUGAUUCUGAGGAGGCAAGAAAUGUGGCGAAAGAAAGUUUUCAAUCAAUAGGUUAAAGUGGCAUCUGAAAGGGUUAAGAUUAAUUAUCUGAUCAGCUGAAAGUUCCAUGCAGCUAUAUUUGUUUCUAAUCAAUUACCUUGUGAUAAUAGGAAUCUGUUUUUAACGUCCCUUGACAUUUCUUUUGAAACAAAUUUUUUUGUACUUUUAAAGAAGUGUAUGCAUACUGUUGCUUAGCUUGUGAUGUAAACAACUGAA